AUGAAUGAAGAAUCGGUUGUCGUUCAAUCUGAAGAGUCCGAAGAUUCGCAAAUUGUAGAUCAGAACACCGAAGAAAAAGGAGACGACGACGAAGAAGAAGAAGAAAAAGAAGAAAAAUCCCAAGCCAUCCUCCAUGCUUCCACCAAAGAAGAACCCCUCCAUCUCACCAAACCGCUUCAAGAAUCCAACAAACGUGUCAAACAAACACUCAACACCAACCUUCCUCCCUCCUCUUCCCCUUCUCCUUCUCCUUCCUCCGUUCCCGACAGCUCCGCCCUCGAAGACUCCUCCUUCGACACGCUCGAAGAGCAAACCGCGCUCUCCAAAUCCGUCCCCGAAGUGCGCGACAUCGCCCUCUCCCGCUUCAGCAAGCGCUUCCGCUUCACCAACCGCUACGUCAAGCUCGCCAAGUACGCCAGCGACAACGAGACCUACUACCCGCGGGACCACGUCAGCGACGGCCAGCUCUGGAGCGCGCGCAAGCGCAUGAUCGACGGCGAGCGCCAGACGCUACGCAGCCUCGCCAGCGACUUCAAGCCACUGCUCCCCUUCUACCAGAACUUCUCCGCGUACCUCCAGGAGAACCCUACCGCGGGAAUCAUCUCCGCCAAGCAGUGGGAAACGCUCAACGCUCUCUCGGGCACUGCCCAGUCCCACUACCGCAAAAGCAUCAACGCGAAGCUCAGUCGCGAGAUGAACCGGCGCUACCGCGAAGACACCAAGCGCCGCUCCCGGCUUCUCCGCCGCUUCGUGCGGCGCUCCGCCGAUUCUCCGGCGCGCUGCGACGGCUGCAAAGUCGAAACGCCCUUCGAGCUGCGCGUGAGCGGCGGGUCGGCGCUGAUUCUGCGGAAAUUCGCGGGGAACCGCGAGGAAUUCACCAUCUACAACUCCACGUUCUACCGGUUUCCCGCGGAAGACGCGCCGUUCGACGUGACGGGAGUGUGCGUGACGACGCGGGACCGUCUGACGGUGCUGACGCAGCUGUUAUACCGGUGGGAAGGUCCGCUGGUGAUUGUGUUCAACGGAGUGGUGAGCGAGGAGAAAGCGUUCAUCGACUAUCUCAACACGCACUUCCUGCCCGCCCGUCUCACCACGCUGCUCUAUUUAAUGCCGCAGCGCGGGUUCUUCCCCGUGAAUCUUCUCCGCAACCUCGCGAUCCGCAACAUCCGCACCACGCACUUCCAAGUCCUCGACAUGGAUCUCUGGCCCUCUCCCAACACCUACCGCGAGCUGCUUCGUCUCCCGCCCUCGCUCCGCGACGGCCGCGUCGCCGCCAUCCUCCCUGUCUUCUUCUUCGACCGCAAGCAAGUCCUCAAUCGCUGCAAGUCCUUCUACGACUGCGCUCUCCUCGCUCUCGAGCACCUUCCUUCCAACAAAACCGCGCUCGAGGCCUGUCUCUACGCCAAGGCCUGUCUCUCCUCCAAGCCCGGCAUCCGCACACACCUCUACGUCCUUCCCGAUUGGUUCACCAUCCCCGCGGAUAUCCCGUUCGUGCAGGUGCGCUGCUUCCUCACGGACUUCCAAGAGCCGUACGUGCUGCUGCGGUACGCGCCGACGACGCCGCUGUUCGACGAGCGGUUUGUGAAUUACGGGUACAACAAGGUGCAGCUGUUCGAGCACUUGAGAGCCGCGGGGUACCGGUUCUAUAUCGCGGCGAACGCGUUCGCGAUGGAUUUGCCGCACCCGGAUUCGAAGUUUAGGACGAAUUAUUUGAGCAGUUUGAAGGGAGAUAAAAGUGACAUGCGGAAUGUGUAUAGUCAGUUCCAGAGGGAGCUGAAUACGAAUUAUAGGAGUGUGAAACCAACUCGAGUGUGUUGUGAAUAUCCAAGAAAGUUUUAUAAGUGGUAA